GACAAGCGUAGAAAAACUUGUCGUCAACAGCCGCCGCCAUUUUACGUUAGCCGAUCGACUCGCACGGUCUAUAAUCCCAUCGGCGUAUCUUAUUUCGUUAAAAUUAGUGUUGUGGCUGUCUUAAUAAGACGGUGCUCUAAGGUGAUUACAUUAACCAAGAAUCGCGUUGUUUGAUAAUAUAACGUGUGAGUUACAAUACAUAAGACUCAUCUCGUUCGCGUAAAUUUCGCGCGCCCAUUAAGUUUGCAAGAGAGAGAGGUAGACGGUACACGGUACAUGGAAGAGCCUCCGGAGGUGGAGAUAGUUAAGAUGGUGCCAGCGGCCCUUGAGUGCGUUAUCGUCGCUGCUAGCUGUUAGCGGCGUGCUCCCAGCCAGUGUGACACAGGAUGAUUGGUGUGCGUGGUGUCUUGGUGUCAGUACAAAUUUAACUCGUGCUUUUUUAUUAUUAUUAUUAAUAUUAUUAUUAUUAUUAUUGUUGUUAAUAAGUGCAUUUUUAUUAAUUUAUAAAAGGUAUCCCAAGUCAAGGCGUCAAAAUUUUAUGUGUGUUAUCAUAUACCAGUUAUCCAGUUAUUAUUUAACAAGUGUGUGUACGUGAUCUGGUUGUACGCGUCCGGGUGAAACGUCGUCGUCGUCGCCGUCGACAUCACUAUCAGCAUCAUCAUCAUCACAGUCACCAUAUUAAUUUUUAUUUGAGUAAAUUUAAAUAUCCAGUGUUGUAACUGUUGGUGGAUAAAUCAGCUGGUGAUAACUCUGUAACAGAGUGUAAAAAGUUGCUGCUAUUGCAGCUUAAAUCAACAGUGAGGGUUGUCGUGGAUCGUGGCCCGCCGAGUUUACCUCGGAGUCGCGGGCCCUCGGUAAUUUUUUUUUUAAAACUCUAUGAGGAUGCCCGAUGGCUGAUGUUGCGGUAAAUCAUGUACAUGGACGCUUUGCGCGCCGCGCUUAUUGUUAUAAUUGUUAUUUUAGUGAAUUUAAUAAUGUUUGUUAUGCGGUGAAAAAUAUCUACCAACGCGUACUCGACUACGUCGUACUACUGUCGUCGUCGUCGUCGUUGUCGCUAAAUUAUUUAUCAUCUGAAUCUCUGUCAUUUUUUUCAUCAUCAUUUUUUCGGCGGCUCCAAGUCUAGCCGCCACCGCUACCGCGUCGUGGAGUCCAGUUUAUCCAUUUGGUUCCUGUCGUCGUCGUCGUCGUCGUCAUUGCCAUCAACAUCAUCAACAUUAAUACCAUCAACUUGGUGUCCUGAGGAUCCCAGUUACUUGGUACCGUGACAUUAACGUCAAUUUAAUAACUCUGAUUAUAUUGGAGAUUCUUUAUUCUGAAGAAAUGGCCGACCACUUAGUGGAUGGACCGCCUAGCAAGCGGCCAAAGCUUGGAGAUGCUUUCCAAGGUCCCUCGGAUUCUUCUGUGAGUAUGGCGUCUCUAAUGAUGCCCCAUGCUUAUUCAAACUACGGGGGAGGUGGCAGUGGUAACUUACAACAAAUGCAGGGCCCGCCGCAACAACUACAUCUGCAACAACAUCAGAUGCAGCAGCAUUGGAACAACAAUACCACCCAGAGAAGAAAUUUCAUAACAAACACAGAUAUGUAUGACCUCGAAAAUGAUCUUCCUGACGAUUUAUUAUCAUCGGGGUCUUGGAGUUCAGCAGCUGAAAAACCACCGGCAACAGGUCCUGGACCUGGGCAACAAAAUGGUGUACUUGAUUCAGAACUGCGACAGCAUGUACAACAGCAACAACAACAACAGCAGCAGCAACAGCAACAGCAGCAGCAACUUUCUCAUCAUCUUAUUCAGCAGCAGAAUAAACAAAAUCUUGUAUCAAAUUCAUUGGUUAUGGCGGCUGGAACAAUGAGUAGUAAAAGUCCAAACAUGCAAUCACCACCUAAUGUCUCAGUGUCUAAAGGAGUCGUAGACCCGCAAAUGGCAGUGAGUUUGGGAAACUUGCAAAGUAGUAUAGCAAGCUCGUUAGCCAACAAUCAGAUGACUCUAGUUAACUCUAUGGUUGGUCUUCAGUCAUCAAUGAGCAUGGCUGGUAGUAAUCCAGCAAUGUCAAUGCCUGGUGGUAUGAAUGCUAAUUUGGUGAUGACAAGUAGUGCCACGGGGAACAAUAAUUUGGGAGGAAUGGCUGGUGGUGGUUUGAUUGUUUCUAACAGCUUAAACAAACAGCCAUUAAAUACGGUAACGAUGAUGGGUCCUAAUUCACAAGGAGUUCAUCAUCCUCAGGGUCCCCACGGUGUUGCUCAGAUGCAAAAUGGUCCAGGAAUAAUAAAUGCCAGAGCAGUGGCUAUGCAACAACAGCAACAACAACAACAGCAGCAGCAGCAACAGCAACAGCAGCAGCAACAACAGCAAACUCAUAUGGUAAAUCAAGCACGAGGUCAGAGUCCUCAUCAACAUCAACAAGUCCAUCAAGGAGGAAUUGUAGGUCCUGGUCAAGGUGGUCCAAGAAUGCAAGCACCACCAAACAUGCAAAAUAUUCAAAACAUGGGUCAAAUGGGUGUUUCAAGUCCUUAUGGAUAUGGUUCGCCUGGAAGCGGUCCAGGUACUAGAGUAAAUGUACGAGCUGUCAAUCCUGUCUGCGCAGUUGCCCCGCUUCAAAGAGGAGUGGGAACCAAUAUGGGAGCGAUGCCUGUUGGACGAUUUGGUGGUCCGAGCGGUCCAAUUGGUGUUAGUAAUGUCAUAAGUAAUCAGGAAGGAAUGGUCCAGCAAACUCAACAGCCUACUCCAAGUCCUGCUCAACCACAGUCUGGGGCACCAACAGGUGGUCAACCAGAUCCUCAACAAGCAACCCAGGGACCAGUAGCUGGUGGAAGUACGCAAUCUGGUUCUACAUCUUCUACUCAUGAUCCAGAGCACCGUAAACUAAUCCAGCAGCAGCUCGUACUUCUACUCCACGCACACAAAUGCCAGUUACGAGAGCGACAGGCCAAUGGUGAAGCGCGGAUAUGUUCUCUACCACACUGCAAAACUAUGAAAAAUGUUUUGACUCACAUGACGACCUGCGAAGAGGGCAAAGAAUGUACGAUACCACAUUGCAGUUCAUCCAGACAAAUUAUUACUCAUUGGAAACAGUGUCAAAAAAGCGACUGUCCUGUUUGCUUACCGCUCAAACAAGCGGAUAAAAACAAGGCUGCUAAUUCUCGUGCUGCUGUGGCAGCAAGUCAACCAAAUCCAAAUCCUGACAUAAGGAAACCUUUUGACACUAUGGGUAUAAUACAGGGUCAAAAAACUACAUCUGGUAUGAUACCAAAUCAAGCAGUGGGCCGUGGUGUCAGAAUGCCUGGACCAGGUAUGCAAGGUCCUCCUGGUUCAAUGACUGCAGGAAUAAGACUUGCACAGCCUCAAGCUCAACAAAGUCCAGGGCAAUCUGUAGUUAAUCAAGGACAACCAAUUGCACCUAAUGUAUCUCUUCCAUUAAGUUCCGAUCCAACGACUGUAGUCGUAAGUACUAAUCAACCAGCUUCAACGACGGGUCCAACGUCGGUUGUAGCAGCAGCAGCGACUGCCAAUCUUCAACAACAAGCUGUCAAUAUGCAUCAAUUAUUUGGUCUUAAUGACUCAGGUCAGCCUGCUAUAUUAGGUGAAAAUCGUUUGCCAAAUUUACAACUGCCAGGUGGUCUUCAACCAGGACAAGUAACAGCUACCCCAGUUCAAGGAACUAAAGAAUGGCAUCAAUCUGUGACGCCAGAUCUCAGAAAUCAUCUCGUUCAUAAAUUAGUUCAAGCAAUAUUUCCAGCUCCUGAUCCACAAGCAAUGUUCGAUAAAAGAUUACAUAAUUUAGUCGCGUAUGCGAGAAAAGUUGAAGGUGACAUGUAUGAAAUGGCUAAUUCAAGAUCUGAAUAUUAUCAUUUAUUGGCGGAAAAAAUAUAUAAAAUCCAAAAAGAACUUGAAGAGAAACGUCAAAAACGUAAAGAAAUGCAACUAGCUCAACAGCAGCAGCAACCUCAAGCACAGGUUGCGGCAAACCCUGGAUUACGAGCUAUUGCACCUCCACAGGGUGUUCCAGCUGCUGUACCUACUCAAAGAGCAGCUCCUCCUACUUUAAGAAGUCUUUCACCGGGAAUGGAACAACUGCGUACUAUUCAAGGAUUAACAAUGCAACAUAAUCGUAUGCCAUUUCCUCAACAGCAGCAGCAACAACAGCAACAGCAGCAGCAAGUUCAACAGCAACAAGUUCAGCAGCAAUUACAGCAGCAAGCACAGCAACAGGCACAGCAACAACAGCAACCUGGUAUGCUUGUCGGUCCUUCCGGACCUAAUUCAAACGGUCAAUCUACGCCAAAUCCACCCAUGGUAUCAAAUCCUCUCAUUCCCUUUGCACAACAAAUGCCGCAGACAAACUUAACGACCACAUCAACGUCAGCAACAACUAGUCAAUUCCCGACAUCAAAUGGUACUGCCGGUUUACCAAACACUUCUCCUGUUCAAAACCAACAUCAGUUUCCAGAAUUAAUGAAAGCGAGAUUAGCACAGGCUCAAGCUGUACAGCAACAGCAGCAACAGCAAGCGCAGCAACAAGUCCAGCAGCAGCAACAGCUACAACAACAACAACAACAACAGCAGCAGCAACAACAAGCGCAGCAGCAACAGCAACAGCAAGCGCAGCAGCAGCAACUUCAACAGCAGCAGCAACAACAACAACAACAGCAGCAGCAGCAGCAGCAGCCACAGCAACAACAAGUUGGUACUCCAAUACCAAAUACCGUUUCAACAAUUCCUCAAGCCCCAUCACCCUUCAGUAGUUUACAACAGCAAAGUAAUCAACAACAAUUUACUAAUACUCGACCAUUAUCUGCAACUACACCUGUUGAUAAUGGAAUAUCAGUAAAUACACCUCAAACAAUACCACCGGCAUCAAGUGGACCUAGUCCUGGACCAGCACCAACGACAAAUGGCCCACAGUCGGUUGCUUCAACACCUUCAACGCCGCUUGUUCCUUCAUUAAUGACACCAAUCCAAGCAAUAUCGUCAAAUCAAACACCACCUCAUCCAAGUACAACACCAUCACCGGCAGGUCUUGCUAGUCUUGGUAAAGGUAUGUCGUCUCAAGAAAGAGCAGCAUUAAAUGCACCCAGAAGUUCUUCAAUGUCUUCACAAAUGGCUGCUAUUACAGCAGCUCUUGAUCGUGACAAUUCACCUAGUCCGCCAACGAAUAAUAAUAAAGGAAAAUUAGAUUCUAUUAAAGAAGAAAAUAUUAAAAUGGAAAUAAAACAAGAAGACUGUUCUGAAAAUCAUAGAAUGGAUGGUGGAAAAAAUAUAAAUAAUGAUGUCAUUAAAACGGAAAUAAAACAAGAACCAAUGGAAGAGUCAUCGGCAGAUGGUACUAUUAAAGAAGAACCUCAUAUCAAAGAGGAACCAGUUACACCAAUGUCAAGUCACGAUGGUUCGACGUCUGAUAUAAAGCCCAUGGUGCCUGAGCCUAUUCAACCUAGUGGAACUUCAUCAGACAAAAAACGUCUUUGUCUUUUCAAACCGGAUGAAUUAAGACAAGCGCUGAUGCCAACUUUGGAAAAACUUUAUCGUCAAGAUCCAGAGUCGUUACCAUUUAGACAACCAGUUGAUCCACCAGCACUUGGUAUUCCCGAUUACUUUGAUAUUGUAAAACAUCCAAUGGAUCUGUCAACAAUCAAAAGAAAACUUGAUACCAAUCAGUAUAGUGAUCCAUGGGAAUAUGUCGAUGAUGUUUGGAUGAUGUUCGACAAUGCAUGGCUGUAUAAUCGUAAAACAUCUAGAGUAUACAGAUACUGUACAAAGCUGUCGGAAGUAUUCGAACAAGAGAUUGAUCCUGUAAUGCAAGCAUUAGGUUAUUGUUGCGGCCGAAAAUAUACUUUUAAUCCUCAGGUUCUGUGCUGUUACGGCAAACAACUCUGUACAAUACCAAGAGACGCUAAAUAUUAUUCCUACAAAAAUAGUCUAAAGGCUUAUGGUCUUGUUUCCAACAGAUACACGUUUUGUCAAAAAUGUUUCAAUGACAUUCCUGGUGAUACUGUGACGUUGGGUGAUGAUCCGACGCAACCACAAACGGCAAUAAAGAAGGAACAAUUUCAAGAGAUGAAAAACGAUCAUUUGGAAUUAGAACCUUUUGUUGUUUGUACUGAUUGUGGUAGAAAAGUUCACCAAAUUUGUGUUCUCCAUAUGGAAUCAAUUUGGCCAUUAGGAUUUACCUGUGAUAAUUGUCUCAAAAAGAAGGGACAAAAACGAAAAGAGAAUAAAUUUAAUGCUAAAAGAUUGCCAGUUACAAAGUUAGGAACUUAUAUUGAAACAAGAGUUAAUAAUUUCUUGAAGAAAAAAGAGGCUGGUGCGGGUGAAGUUGCAAUUCGUGUUGUUGCCUCUAGUGAUAAAGUUGUUGAAGUUAAACCUGGUAUGAGAAGUAGAUUUGUUGAAAAUGGUGAUAUGCCUGGUGAAUUUCCUUAUCGUGCAAAAGCAUUAUUUGCAUUCGAAGAAGUUGACGGUACGGAUGUUUGUUUCUUCGGUAUGCAUGUUCAAGAAUACGGAAGUGAAUGUACGCCACCCAACACCAGGCGAGUGUAUAUUGCGUAUUUGGACUCUGUACAUUUCUUCCGACCAAAACAAUUCAGGACUGCUGUUUAUCAUGAAAUUCUUCUCGGAUAUUUGGAUUAUGCUAAGCAACUAGGUUACACGAUGGCUCACAUUUGGGCAUGUCCACCAUCUGAAGGAGACGAUUACAUUUUCCACUGCCACCCUACGGAACAGAAAAUUCCAAAACCCAAGAGAUUACAGGAGUGGUAUAAAAAGAUGCUUGAUAAAGGAAUGGUUGAAAGAAUAGUACUUGAUUACAAGGAUAUUUUGAAACAAGCCAUGGAAGACAAAUUAUCUUCUGCUGCUGAUUUGCCCUACUUCGAAGGUGAUUUUUGGCCGAAUGUACUGGAGGAAAGCAUCAAGGAGCUCGAUCAAGAGGAAGAAGAAAAAAGAAAACAAGCUGAAGCUGCUGAGGCAGCGGCUGCUGCUGCUAAUGCUAUAUUCUCGAUGGCCGAUGACUCGGAGACGGGUCCAGAUGGCAAGAAAAAGGGUCAAAAGAAAGCAAAAAAAUCUAACAAAUCUAAAGCAAAUCAACGUAAAAAUAGCAAAAAAUCAAAUACGCCACAAACAGGCAACGAUCUUUCAGCAAAAAUAUUUGCUACUAUGGAAAAGCAUAAAGAAGUAUUUUUUGUAAUUAGACUACAUAGUGCCCAAAGUGCUGCAAGUUUAGCAUCUAUUCAAGAUCCUGAUCCCGUUAUUAAUUGUGAUCUUAUGGACGGACGAGAUGCAUUCCUUACAAUGGCAAGAGAAAGGCAUUACGAAUUUUCGUCUCUCAGACGAGCUAAGUUUAGUUCAAUGUCAAUGUUGUACGAGUUACACAAUCAAGGCCAAGACAAAUUUGUAUACACAUGUAACAACUGUAAGAGUCAUGUUGAAACAAGAUAUCAUUGCACAGUUUGUGAUGACUUUGAUCUUUGUAUAAGUUGUAAAGAAAAAGACGGUCAUCCUCAUCACAUGGAGAAACUUGGUCUGGAUCUGGAUGAUGGUUCAUCACCUGCAGACGCUAAACAAGCAAACCCUCAAGAAGCAAGAAAAUUGUCUAUUCAAAGGUGCAUACAAUCUUUGGUUCACGCUUGCCAGUGCAGAGACGCCAAUUGUCGGUUACCCAGCUGUCAAAAGAUGAAGAGGGUGGUUACGCAUACAAAAGUUUGUAAACGGAAGACAAAUGGUGGCUGUCCUAUUUGUAAACAACUUAUUGCAUUAUGUUGUUAUCAUGCAAAACAUUGCCAAGAGACAAAAUGUCUUGUGCCAUUCUGUUCAAAUAUAAAACAUAAAUUGAAACAACAACAAUUACAGCAGAGAUUACAACAGGCUCAAUUAUUAAGAAGACGUAUGGCUGUGAUGAACACAACGAGACCAACUGGUCCAGUAAGCGGUAUGCAAACUGGACAGCAAACGUCUAAUGCUGUAAUGGCUGCUGGUAUUGCCAUAAAACCUGGCGCUAGUCCAACGAAUUUACCAUCGCCCCAUCAACCGGGUAUUGGUCUUAAACCAGGUACACAAACACCACCAGCUCAUGUUCUUCAAGUUGUUAAACAAGUGCAAGAAGAAGCUGCAAGGCAGCAAACCCCACAUGUUAAUUAUGGUAAAGUUGCACCUGGGGUUGGUGUUGGUGUUAAUGUUGGUAAUCAAGGUGGUGUUAUGCCACCUCCUCAAAUGCAAAGGCCGAUGACAGUACAAAUGCAAAAUACCGGUGGUACUCAUCUUAUUUCAAUGGAUCAGUGGACACCGAGGUAUCAACCCAAUGCUGUAAUGCAACAAAAUCCAGGUCUCCGUCCACAAGCACCUCAGCAAAUAAUUCAACAGCAACAGCAUCAAAGUCAAUCAGCAAUGGGAAUCAGUGGUCAAAUGCCGCGACAAACUAAUGUUGUUGGUGGACUCGUUGGUCAAGUAGGUCCUCUAGGUCAAAGUAAUACACCACCAGGGCAAAAACAAGCAUUACAACAGCUUAUGCAAACAUUAAGAAGUCCAAGUACUCCAGAUCAGCAAAAUCAAAUAUUACAUAUACUUAAAAGUAAUCCACCUUUAAUGGCAGCAUUUAUAAAACAACGACAAGCCCAAGCUGGUCAGCAUGCUGGUGGUGCUGGUGGUGGAGCCAGUGGUGGUGUUGGUUUAUUAGGUCCUGCGCAACCUCAGCAACAACAACAACAGCAGCAGCAACAACAACAGCAACAGCAACCUGGUUUGUCGCAUAUGUUACCACAACAACAGCAGCAACAACUCCAACCACAGCAUACUCAGCAGCAGCAACCACAGCAACAAAAUAGAAUGCAAAUGCAGAUGUUAAAUCAACAGCAACCAGGACAGGUCACCAAUGUCCAACAUCAGCAAUGGUACAAGCAUCAAGUUUUAACGAUGCAAAGGCAUUCGCAACAGCAGCAACAACAGCAGCAGCAACAGCAACAACAACAACAACAGCAGCAGCAGCAGCAACCUCAACAACCAUUUACCCAACCACCGGCACCACCUUACGGUCAACAAAGACCAAUGAGGCCGCUUUUAGGUUACGGUGGUUUCAAUGAACAAGCGUACGGGCAACCUGGUCUUAAGCCAACUCCAUCAACUGUACCUGGGUCGCAAGGUGUUAUGGGACCACCCGGAAUUUCAGUACAGCAGCAAUUAAUGCAGUCUGUAAGAUCACCACCGCCAAUUCGUUCACCUCAGCCCAAUCCGUCGCCGAGACCUGUACCUUCACCUCGUAAUCAACCAGUACCUUCUCCCAGAGCGGGACCUGUACCUUCGCCACUUCAUCAUCCACCCCAUGGUACGCCAACUCAUUCCCCUGCGCACGAAUUAGGAGGACCCAGUGAAAUGAUGCUUCAUGCUGGUGGUGGUGAAACUGGUGAAGUAACGCCGAUGACACCGCAAGAUCAAUUAUCAAAGUUUGUUGAAGGAUUGUAGUGACUAUUAUCAAUAACACCAGUUAUAAAUAGUGAACAUGAACAAAAAAAAUGUCAGUAUGAUACUGGUAAACCCCGUGUUUUGUGACACCCAAUUUAAAGGGGAUGAUCUUUGUGAGAUUUAAUGCGAUAUUGCACAUGCAAUUUCGUUUUUUAUAUCCCGCGGUCUUUCCCCCGACUGUAGAUUUGUAUACUAAUUAUUACUUAUAAUUAUUAUUAAUAUUUUAAUUACUUUAAAUAUUAUUAUUAUUAUUAAUUACAGUAAUAGUAUCGGCAGCAGUAGUAAUAAUUGUUGUAGGAAUAGUGAUAAUAAUAUAAAGUAGUUGUAAUAGUAUCAUUGAACAAUCAUGAAAAUGUGCACAUGAGAUUAAUUUUGGGUUAAACCAAAACAGAAUUAUAAAUUUUAUAAAAAAAUUAGAGUAUUUAAUUAUUAUUAUUAUUAUUAUUAUUAUUAUUAUCAUAACAAUAAUGACUCAUAUUUAGUUUGAAUUUGACAUAUGCGCGUGCCAAUCUCAAUAAGAUUAUAACUGUGCAAAAUAAAACUAUAAAUAUUAAGACUAUUAAAUCUUAAUUUAAGAUAAAAAAAACAAUAACAGCAACAACUCGUUAAAUAAAUCAUUGAUAAAUUGUUGAUACAAUUAUGUGUGACAUAAAUUCCAAGGAAUAAGUAUUUAAAAAAAAUUAAAUUAAUGAAAAAUAAUAAUAAUGGACUAUUGCUAAAGCAUCUACAUCUUUAGUGUUAAAUUAAUGAGUGUCAAUGUAGCAGACAUCAAAUUUAAAAUUAUAAAUAAAGAGAGUAAAUAAUUUAAAAA